AUGAAAAAUAUCAUCUAUUCUCAUCCAAUACACAUUCCUCUCAAAUUCAAGCUCGUGAUUUUACUUCAGAAUAUAUAUGAAAAGUCAGCAAAGGCACUAUCACAUUCACUUGUAGUCAGGAGAGUGAUAUAUUAUUCAUCAGAAAAGGAAGAAGACUCACCCUUGCAUAAAUUUUUAGUUAUAAGUUGCACUAUCAAUUCUUAGGUAUGUGAUAUGAUCAUUAAUAGUGGGAGUAGUUGAAACAUUGUCGAAUUGAUUGGAUCAAGAUGGAAGUCGAAAUGAAAGUUUCGGAAAUAUGUUUAAUUAAAUUUUCAUUAGGUAGGAUUUGAUGAUGGGCAAUGAAAUGUUCUUGAGAUUGAACAAUCUCACAUGAGAUUAAGUAGGCUAUGGCAACUUGAUGUUGAUGCUACACACCGUAGGAAAGAAAAUAUUUAUAUUUUCUAUAGAAAUAUUAAAAAAUUGAUUGUGGUGUAAAUAUAAGUAGUAAACUUUAGUAAAUGAGACAAGAAUAAAAGAAAAAUAAUGCUCAUUAACAAGACAGUUUUUUAAAAAGCUUAAUAUUAAUACUGAAUAAUUUGAACUAUCUGACCCAAACAUCAAAAUAAAUGAUGUGACACUAAAUGUUAUUAAAAGACUAUUAUCUGAAUUUUCUGUAAUUCAAGAACUGUCUAUUCAUUGUCCACAAUUGUGAGAUGUACAACAUCAUAUUGACUUUUUAUCAGGAGCAGGCUUGCCUAGUCUUCCAAAGCAUAGGAUGACUAUAUAAGAAAUAUCAGAUUUGAAAUAAAAAAGUCCAAGACUUUAGUAAACGAUUGCUCCAUGCUUAUUGUGCUUUUUACAAAGAAAGAUGGCAUGUUAUUUAUGCUUUGUGGUUUUCAACUUUGUCAAAAGUUUAUUUAAAGAGCAGAUAACAUUAAUCUGAAUUUGGCCAAGAGAUAAAAGUUUAUUUAAAGAGCAUAUAUCAAUUGUUGUAUAUUCUCUUAGCAAAUGAUUGUGUCUUGCUUGAAAACUCGCUGCUCUGAAUCCACAGAACAAAGAGAUUUUGCCGCUUAAGUUCACAAGAGGUUGAUCCUGGGUGCAUAAGAUGGAAAAUGGCUCCAAAAAAGAGAACAUCCAAAAAGGAAAAGAACUCAAAAAUUGAUUCAUAAAAAGCGUGCCUCCUUGGGAAUACAAUAGGGGUCCAAUUUAUAUGCCAAAUAUUAGUUAUCAGUAAUCUUUAAAAGGGGAAAUCUGUUAAGAUCCUAAAAAAUGGAGACAAGAAAACAGUUUAAAUCGUCUUAUGAAAAAAGAUUAUUCUGUUAGAAAGCCCCUAAGAAAUAGAAAUAGGAUCAUUCUCUGAGAGGGAUAUUUUAAAUGAAUAAAAUGUGCAAAUUGUGAGAUGUAGGUGCACUAAACAUGGGACCAAAUCUCUUAGUAGACCAUUUGCAGCUAAAUUUGGGCAAAAGAUAGUGUUCACAUGUCUUGAGGUUCUGAUUCACUUGAGUUGGUCUAAAGCCGUUUCAACGUAGAUGUUAAUGGGUCCUCCACCUGGUUGAAAAACAUUCAAUUUUUCAUUCCACAACAGUUUCUUGGUCUAAAGUCAGGUCUCUCUAAAUGGUUGGUCAUAAAGUGAUGUAGAAUGAUGAAUCAGCUUCUGAAACCUUUUAAUGACAAAUUUAUUAUUGUUUAUUAUGAUGAUUUUUUUUUUACACUAUUAUAGAAGAAAAGGUAUUAAAGUAGACGAAGAAAAGGUCUCAAGUUACUCUAAGUAUGAAAAAUGGUGUUUGGAAAUGGACUGAUAAACUGUUUUAGUUUAUCAAAAAAGUAUUUUUAUAAAAGAUGAAAUUGUAUUAAAAUAGUUUUAGUUUAUUAUGAUGAAAUGAUAUUAAAACUACUUCAGUUUUAGUUGUCUGAAACUUUGAUAAACUCUUUGAAGUGGAAUCUGAUGCAUCCAUAGUUUCCAUUUGAGGUGUACAACCACAUUGAAAUGUGAUUUAUCUAUAAUUCAGUGAAGAACUUUAUGUGGCAUGGAAAAAAUAAAGAGCCUAAAAAUUAGAAUUUAUAGGUUUAAUCUGACAAACGUUCUGAUGUAACAGCAAUGUUGCUAAAAAAGAUAUGGGCUUAAAUCCACAAAGCCUUAAUCUUUGUAAAAAAGAUUAUAAAUCCUGCCUCUAAAUCCUUAGAUUCGGUGUCUUAAGCCCUUGAAUCUACAAAGGGUUGCCUGAAUGCACAUGCAAGAAAGAAAGAUUCGCACAAUGGAGAAAAGUGAUUCAACUAAAAAGCCUUUAUAUAGGCUUAGAAAGGAGGUUGGGCACUCCCCAAAAGGAAGAUCAUGACAGAUCUUAGGGACAGAUCUUAGACAGAUCCUCUAAAACUACUUUGUCAGAGAUCCUAAACUGAAUAUGACAAUCACAGAAUUUUCAAGAGUAAAUGAAAAAUAAAAUACCUUUUAGAAUUGAAAGGGUUACAUGAGUCUCUCCUCCUUCAAGCAAACUCAUCCUCAAGUCUGCAUUUCAAUGUGGGUGAAAUAGUCAUGUUUGGUUGGAGAUCAAUGAGCUAUGCAUUGACAUUGAUCUAUUGUAGAACUUGAUAUGGUCUAUAUUUCUUUCGAUUCAACUUGUUGUAACUCUUUGGUGAAAAAUAAUUUGUAUGAAGGUACAUAAUUGUGUUUCUCAAAAUGAAAAAUCAUCUUGACAUGAAAACCCUUAAUUGAUAUUCUUGAUAUAGAUGUCAUAUAUUGUUGAGAAAAAUCAUCAUCAUCAUCAUCAGCGCGCAAGUUCACCAAAUAUACUGUUUUUUGUAUAAAAGCAUCUGCAACUUGAUUUAGUUUCCCUGACUUAUGUUUAAUAGCAAAAGUGUUUUAUUAAUAGAAGUCUAACUCUUUACUAAUUGAUGAACUUCAUGAUUAAUAGAUAAAUUAGAUUAUUUAUGAAUCAAAUAGUUUUUCCAAGUUUGUAAAGCACCUUCCACGGUUUAAAACUUAAGUUCCUUCAUUGUUCAUUUUUUUAUUUAUCUCAUAAAGGUUUUCAUUGAAAAAUCUUAUAUGUUGACCUUCUUGCGACGGUACACCUCCAAUGCAACUUAUGGAUGCAUGAUUAAAACUGGAGCAGAACAUACUUUCUCUUUUAUCAUGAUAAAACUUUUACUAGCUUCGUCAGUCUAUUUCAAAUGAUACUCUUCCAUACAUGUAGUAACCUUCUGUGAAAGGACGUGAACCUGUAGAAACUUUGAAUGAAAUGAAUUGUGAUGUGUGUUGACCAAUCUUUGAUUCCUCUGACCAACCCAUAGAAACAUCCCAUUUGCACUUAUAACAUAUCCCAACAAUUCCAAAGUAGUAGUCAACAAGUCACAUUUAUUCAAGUUUAUAUAUAAAAAAUUCUGUGCAACACUUUGAAUACUGAUCUGAGAUAUUUCAAUGAAUUUUAUAUUAGGUAUGCCACUAACACAAGAUGGUUUUUUAUUUUGGAGAACAUAGUUACGUAUUCCUUGCAACUCUUUAAGAGAGAAAUUACUACGAUAAUUAUACUCUUUUGAUUUAACAUGACACCUUGGUCGAGACAAGACCUUACAGUCAGUUGAAGAGCGAUAUUACCGGCCUAAACUAAAGAAAGAUGUAGAAAAUUUUGUUCGUAAAUGUCAGGAUUAUUUCACACGUCCAUGGGCUGCAAUUUCAAUGAAUUUUAUAUUAGGUCUGCCACGAACACAUAGAGGAGCUGACUCUGUUUCUGUGGUUAUUGAUAGAUUUUAAAAAUUGGCACAUUCCAUUGCAUGUAAGAUGACCAAUGACGCAAAUCAGGUGGUAGUCAAUCACUUUUUUAGAGAAAUUAUUCAUCUACAUGGAAUUGCUAAGUCAAUUACCUCUAAUAGAGAUUCUAAGUUUAUAUCUCACUUCUGGCGGACUCUUUGGAAGAGGUUUGACACAUUUCUUAAAUUCAAUAGUACAAGUCACUCACAAACAGAUGGUCAAACUGAAGUGGUGAAUAGAACUCUAGAGUAAUUUGAUUCGUUUAUUUUAAGAGAAAAGUCAAAACAAUGGGAUUAUGCUUUGGCACAAGCAGAGUUUGCAUAUGACUGGAUGAUUAAUCGUUCGACCAACCAAUCUCUAUUUUCAGUGGUAUAUUGCUUUCCUCCAAGAAUUUCAUUAGAUUUAUUACAAGUACCAAGACCGAUAAACAAGGUAUGGGCUUGAAUCCACAAAGCUCUAAUCUUGAGGAAGAAGAAACCUGCCUCUGAAUCCACAGAUUCGGAGUCUUCAACCCUUGAAUCCACAAGGGACUACUAGAAUCCACAAGUACGAGGGGGAGGUUUUCACAGUGCAGAAAACUGAUUCAACUAAAAAGGUAUCUCCCUCUGGUUACAGUGGAGGCCUUUAUAUAGGCCUAGAAAGGAGGUUGGGCGUGCCCCAAAACGAGGAUCCUGACAGAUCUUAGGGAUACAGUCUGACGAACUCUGAAAUGACUUAAAAAAGACUAUGACAGAUUGAGAUCGUAGAAAAAUCUUCUUAAAAUACUCUGACAUGACUUAAAGCAGACUCUGACAGUGAGAGACCCUGAGCAGAUCUUAGAUACAGAAUCUGAAAGUCAGAGGUCUUGAAUAGAUCUUAGAUAUAGAUUGAACAACAUUAGAGUCCCUUCUAGAAGGGAUGAGACAUAAAAUACUUUAUAAAUGUGAAAAGACAAAGUGGGACAAAAUUCGGACCUCUAGGCCGCUGGUGACAUAUGUGGGCUUCUUUUUCUUGCACCUUUCACUUUAUUCAGGAUAAGUGGGCCUAAAUUCGAAGUUUACACUUUAACUUGUGUCUUGGGAUACAUCACGUUUGGUGUGAAACAGUAGACAGAAAAAGUGGAGAGUAACUUGUAGACCGAUUUACUCAUGUAAUUGUACGCGAAUUCUGCUUGAGUUAAGAUAAGUUCCCAUUGUCUAGGUUUGUCUCCUGAAGUACAACGGAUUGAAUUACAAAGUGUCCCAUUAAUCAGUUUUAUUUUGACCAUUAGUUUGUGGAUGACAUGUAGUACUGAAUUUGAGGCAUGAGUGAAAUCUCUUCCAAAGAGUAUGACAGAAAUGGGAUAGAAAUUUUGAGUCUCUGUCAGAUGUAACAGUCUCAUCUGUUCCGAAUUUUGAGUCUCUGUUCCAUGCAAACAGACUAUCUCCAUGAAAAAGAAAUUUGCUACUUGAACUGUAUCAUAUUAUGUCAUCUUUGUAUAUAAAAUAAAACAUGUCAUCUUUGAAAAUCUAUCCACAACAACAAAAAUAGAAUCUACUCCUCUUUGGGUACGCGAUAAUCCCAAAAAAAAAUCUAUAGAAAUGUCAGUCGAUGCUUUCUCUGGAAUAGGUAAUGGAGUGUACAUACCUAUGUUCUGGCUUUAUUAGCUUGACAAAUUUGACAUCUCCACAAAAGUGCCCCCCAGGUCUUCAUGCAUGUAAUUCUCCAAUUAACUUCUCACACAAAGAAGUUUGAGGGAUACAUAACUGAUUUUCUCGAAACAACUAAACCUCAAGAAUGGGAAAUCUUUUAGAUGGUUUGCCAUGUUUCAGCCAAAUCUUCACCUUCUACAUGGAGUUCUCUCAGAUAUUCAAAAUCACUAACUUCUCUCACUAUAAUAAAAAAAUUCUGAUUUUCGGCUCAGUGCAUCAGUCAUUUUGUUUGAUUUUUCCGAUUUGUGAUUUAUCAUAAAAGAAGUCUCACCGUUGAAUGAUUUCAAAGCUUGACGGUCAGUAAAUAAAAAGAAAUCUCAUUGAAACAAAUAAUGUUCCCAAGUAUAUAAUGAUCUAACCACAACAUAAAAUUCUAAUUUAUAUGUGCUCCACUUUCUUCUGACUUCUAUUAAUUUCUCCACAAGAAAAUUUAAAUUUUCAAGAAUAAGUUGAAGAGUUAUUAUGUAAAGGUCGAUAAAGGAAAGUAUGAGCCCAUGCUCUGUGCCUGUUUUACUUGUUUCAAAGAAAGAUGGAAGUUGGCGGAUGUGUGUCGACAGUAGAGCUAUAAAAAAGAUAAGAGUUAAGUAUAGAUUCCCAAUUCCACGUCUAGAUGACAUGUUAGAUAUGCUUUGUGAUUCUAAAAUUUUCUCAGAAGGUCAUUGCAAGAGCAGAUAUCAUUAAAUCCGAAUCCAGCCAGGAAUUUUAUGAGAGUAAUGAAUCAGGUUCAGAAUCCUUUUAUUGGUAAAAAUGUUGUCGUUUAUUUUGACGACAUUAUUAUUUACAGUAGUAUUACGAAAGAUGAGCACAUGAAACAUCUCAGAUGAGUGUCUAAAGUGUUACAACAGAAUAAAUUAUAGAUUAUUUUGAGAAAUGCGACUUCAUGACUAUUAAUUUGUGAUUUUUAGGAUAUGCUGUAUGUGUAGAUGGUAUCAAAGUGGAUGAAAAAAAGGUCAGAGCUAUCGAAGUUUGGUCAACACCAACUACAAUUUAUCAGGUUUGAAGUUUUCAUGGGUUGACACCAUUUUAUGGAAGAUUCAUUCGAAACUUUAGCUCAAUAAUGUCUCCUGUUACUACUUGUAUGGAAAAGGGUCAAUUUAAAUGGACUAAUGAAGCUAGUAAAAAGUUUUAUCAUGAUUAAAAAGAAAUUAUGUUCUGCUCAUGGUUUAGCCUUUCUAAAUUUUGAUAAACUGUUUGAAGCAGAAUGCGAUGCAUCCAUAGUUGGCAUUGGAGGUGUACAGUCGGAAGAAGGUCGGCCGAUAGCAUUUUUCAGAGGAAAACUAUCUGAGGUAAGAAAAAAAUGGACAACGUAUGAACUAGAAUUUUAUGAUGUGGUCCAAGCUUCACAAACAUGGGAACACUAUUUGAUUCAGCGAAAGUUUAUUUUUUAUACUGAUCAUCAAGCUCUUAAAAUCAGUAAAUAGUCAGACUUUUAUCGAUAGAAUGCAUGCCAGUUGGAGCUCUUUUAUUCAACGUUUUACUUUUGUUAUGAAACAGUAGUCAGGAAAACUGAAUUGACUUGCAGAUGCUCUCAGUAGAAAAACAGCAUGUUUGUUGAACCUGCGUGCUGAAAUCACAAGAUUUGAUUAUCUCAAGGAAUUAUACUUAAAUGAUGAUGAUUUUUCUCAACACAAUAUAUGAUAUGUACGUCAGGAAUAUCAACUAAAGGUUUCCACCUACAAGAUGGUUUUUUAUUUUGGAGAACAUAGUUAUGUAUUCCUUGCAACUCUUUAAGAGAGAAAUUACUACGAUAAUUAUACUCUUUUGAUUUAACAUGACACCUUGGUCGAGACAAGACCUUACAGUCAGUUGAAGAGCGAUAUUACCGGCCUAAACUAAAGAAAGAUGUAGAAAAUUUUGUUCGUAAAUGUCAGGAUUAUUUCACACGUCCAUGGGCUGCAAUUUCAAUGAAUUUUAUAUUAGGUCUGCCACGAACACAUAGAGGAGCUGACUCUGUUUCUGUGGUUAUUGAUAGAUUUUAAAAAUUGGCACAUUCCAUUGCAUGUAAGAUGACCAAUGACGCAAAUCAGGUGGUAGUCAAUCACUUUUUUAGAGAAAUUAUUCAUCUACAUGGAAUUGCUAAGUCAAUUACCUCUAAUAGAGAUUCUAAGUUUAUAUCUCACUUCUGGCGGACUCUUUGGAAGAGGUUUGACACAUUUCUUAAAUUCAAUAGUACAAGUCACUCACAAACAGAUGGUCAAACUGAAGUGGUGAAUAGAACUCUAGAGUAAUUUGAUUCGUUUAUUUUAAGAGAAAAGUCAAAACAAUGGGAUUAUGCUUUGGCACAAGCAGAGUUUGCAUAUGACUGGAUGAUUAAUCGUUCGACCAACCAAUCUCUAUUUUCAGUGGUAUAUUGCUUUCCUCCAAGAAUUUCAUUAGAUUUAUUACAAGUACCAAGACCGAUAAACAAGAUAUGGGCUUGAAUCCACAAAGCUCUAAUCUUGAGGAAGAAGAAACCUGCCUCUGAAUCCACAGAUUCGGAGUCUUCAACCCUUGAAUCCACAAGGGACUACUAGAAUCCACAAGUACGAGGGGGAGGUUUUCACAGUGCAGAAAACUGAUUCAACUAAAAAGGUAUCUCCCUCUGGUUACAGUGGAGGCCUUUAUAUAGGCCUAGAAAGGAGGUUGGGCGUGCCCCAAAACGAGGAUCCUGACAGAUCUUAGGGAUACAGUCUGACGAACUCUGAAAUGACUUAAAAAAGACUAUGACAGAUUGAGAUCGUAGAAAAAUCUUCUUAAAAUACUCUGACAUGACUUAAAGCAGACUCUGACAGUGAGAGACCCUGAGCAGAUCUUAGAUACAGAAUCUGAAAGUCAGAGGUCUUGAAUAGAUCUUAGAUAUAGAUUGAACAACAUUAGAGUCCCUUCUAGAAGGGAUGAGACAUAAAAUACUUUAUAAAUGUGAAAAGACAAAGUGGGACAAAAUUCGGACCUCUAGGCCGCUGGUGACAUAUGUGGGCUUCUUUUUCUUGCACCUUUCACUUUAUUCAGGAUAAGUGGGCCUAAAUUCGAAGUUUACACUUUAACUUGUGUCUUGGGAUACAUCACGUUUGGUGUGAAACAGUAGACAGAAAAAGUGGAGAGUAACUUGUAGACCGAUUUACUCAUGUAAUUGUACGCGAAUUCUGCUUGAGUUAAGAUAAGUUCCCAUUGUCUAGGUUUGUCUCCUGAAGUACAACGGAUUGAAUUACAAAGUGUCCCAUUAAUCAGUUUUAUUUUGACCAUUAGUUUGUGGAUGACAUGUAGUACUGAAUUUGAGGCAUGAGUGAAAUCUCUUCCAAAGAGUAUGACAGAAAUGGGAUAGAAAUUUUGAGUCUCUGUCAGAUGUAACAGUCUCAUCUGUUCCGAAUUUUGAGUCUCUGUUCCAUGCAAACAGACUAUCUCCAUGAAAAAGAAAUUUGCUACUUGAACUGUAUCAUAUUAUGUCAUCUUUGUAUAUAAAAUAAAACAUGUCAUCUUUGAAAAUCUAUCCACAACAACAAAAAUAGAAUCUACUCCUCUUUGGGUACGCGAUAAUCCCAAAAAAAAAUCUAUAGAAAUGUCAGUCGAUGCUUUCUCUGGAAUAGGUAAUGGAGUGUACAUACCUAUGUUCUGGCUUUAUUAGCUUGACAAAUUUGACAUCUCCACAAAAGUGCCCCCCAGGUCUUCAUGCAUGUAAUUCUCCAAUUAACUUCUCACACAAAGAAGUUUGAGGGAUACAUAACUGAUUUUCUCGAAACAACUAAACCUCAAGAAUGGGAAAUCUUUUAGAUGGUUUGCCAUGUUUCAGCCAAAUCUUCACCUUCUACAUGGAGUUCUCUCAGAUAUUCAAAAUCACUAACUUCUCUCACUAUAAUAAAAAAAUUCUGAUUUUCGGCUCAGUGCAUCAGUCAUUUUGUUUGAUUUUUCCGAUUUGUGAUUUAUCAUAAAAGAAGUCUCACCGUUGAAUGAUUUCAAAGCUUGACGGUCAGUAAAUAAAAAGAAAUCUCAUUGAAACAAAUAAUGUUCCCAAGUAUAUAAUGAUCUAACCACAACAUAAAAUUCUAAUUUAUAUGUGCUCCACUUUCUUCUGACUUCUAUUAAUUUCUCCACAAGAAAAUUUAAAUUUUCAAGAAUAAGUUGAAGAGUUAUUAUGUAAAGGUCGAUAAAGGAAAGUAUGAGCCCAUGCUCUGUGCCUGUUUUACUUGUUUCAAAGAAAGAUGGAAGUUGGCGGAUGUGUGUCGACAGUAGAGCUAUAAAAAAGAUAAGAGUUAAGUAUAGAUUCCCAAUUCCACGUCUAGAUGACAUGUUAGAUAUGCUUUGUGAUUCUAAAAUUUUCUCAGAAGGUCAUUGCAAGAGCAGAUAUCAUUAAAUCCGAAUCCAGCCAGGAAUUUUAUGAGAGUAAUGAAUCAGGUUCAGAAUCCUUUUAUUGGUAAAAAUGUUGUCGUUUAUUUUGACGACAUUAUUAUUUACAGUAGUAUUACGAAAGAUGAGCACAUGAAACAUCUCAGAUGAGUGUCUAAAGUGUUACAACAGAAUAAAUUAUAGAUUAUUUUGAGAAAUGCGACUUCAUGACUAUUAAUUUGUGAUUUUUAGGAUAUGCUGUAUGUGUAGAUGGUAUCAAAGUGGAUGAAAAAAAGGUCAGAGCUAUCGAAGUUUGGUCAACACCAACUACAAUUUAUCAGGUUUGAAGUUUUCAUGGGUUGACACCAUUUUAUGGAAGAUUCAUUCGAAACUUUAGCUCAAUAAUGUCUCCUGUUACUACUUGUAUGGAAAAGGGUCAAUUUAAAUGGACUAAUGAAGCUAGUAAAAAGUUUUAUCAUGAUUAAAAAGAAAUUAUGUUCUGCUCAUGGUUUAGCCUUUCUAAAUUUUGAUAAACUGUUUGAAGCAGAAUGCGAUGCAUCCAUAGUUGGCAUUGGAGGUGUACAGUCGGAAGAAGGUCGGCCGAUAGCAUUUUUCAGAGGAAAACUAUCUGAGGUAAGAAAAAAAUGGACAACGUAUGAACUAGAAUUUUAUGAUGUGGUCCAAGCUUCACAAACAUGGGAACACUAUUUGAUUCAGCGAAAGUUUAUUUUUUAUACUGAUCAUCAAGCUCUUAAAAUCAGUAAAUAGUCAGACUUUUAUCGAUAGAAUGCAUGCCAGUUGGAGCUCUUUUAUUCAACGUUUUACUUUUGUUAUGAAACAGUAGUCAGGAAAACUGAAUUGACUUGCAGAUGCUCUCAGUAGAAAAACAGCAUGUUUGUUGAACCUGCGUGCUGAAAUCACAAGAUUUGAUUAUCUCAAGGAAUUAUACUUAAAUGAUGAUGAUUUUUCUCAACACAAUAUAUGAUAUGUACGUCAGGAAUAUCAACUAAAGGUUUCCACCUACAAGAUGGUUUUUUAUUUUGGAGAACAUAGUUAUGUAUUCCUUGCAACUCUUUAAGAGAGAAAUUACUACGAUAAUUAUACUCUUUUGAUUUAACAUGACACCUUGGUCGAGACAAGACCUUACAGUCAGUUGAAGAGCGAUAUUACCGGCCUAAACUAAAGAAAGAUGUAGAAAAUUUUGUUCGUAAAUGUCAGGAUUAUUUCACACGUCCAUGGGCUGCAAUUUCAAUGAAUUUUAUAUUAGGUCUGCCACGAACACAUAGAGGAGCUGACUCUGUUUCUGUGGUUAUUGAUAGAUUUUAAAAAUUGGCACAUUCCAUUGCAUGUAAGAUGACCAAUGACGCAAAUCAGGUGGUAGUCAAUCACUUUUUUAGAGAAAUUAUUCAUCUACAUGGAAUUGCUAAGUCAAUUACCUCUAAUAGAGAUUCUAAGUUUAUAUCUCACUUCUGGCGGACUCUUUGGAAGAGGUUUGACACAUUUCUUAAAUUCAAUAGUACAAGUCACUCACAAACAGAUGGUCAAACUGAAGUGGUGAAUAGAACUCUAGAGUAAUUUGAUUCGUUUAUUUUAAGAGAAAAGUCAAAACAAUGGGAUUAUGCUUUGGCACAAGCAGAGUUUGCAUAUGACUGGAUGAUUAAUCGUUCGACCAACCAAUCUCUAUUUUCAGUGGUAUAUUGCUUUCCUCCAAGAAUUUCAUUAGAUUUAUUACAAGUACCAAGACCGAUAAACAAGGUAUGGGCUUGAAUCCACAAAGCUCUAAUCUUGAGGAAGAAGAAACCUGCCUCUGAAUCCACAGAUUCGGAGUCUUCAACCCUUGAAUCCACAAGGGACUACUAGAAUCCACAAGUACGAGGGGGAGGUUUUCACAGUGCAGAAAACUGAUUCAACUAAAAAGGUAUCUCCCUCUGGUUACAGUGGAGGCCUUUAUAUAGGCCUAGAAAGGAGGUUGGGCGUGCCCCAAAACGAGGAUCCUGACAGAUCUUAGGGAUACAGUCUGACGAACUCUGAAAUGACUUAAAAAAGACUAUGACAGAUUGAGAUCGUAGAAAAAUCUUCUUAAAAUACUCUGACAUGACUUAAAGCAGACUCUGACAGUGAGAGACCCUGAGCAGAUCUUAGAUACAGAAUCUGAAAGUCAGAGGUCUUGAAUAGAUCUUAGAUAUAGAUUGAACAACAUUAGAGUCCCUUCUAGAAGGGAUGAGACAUAAAAUACUUUAUAAAUGUGAAAAGACAAAGUGGGACAAAAUUCGGACCUCUAGGCCGCUGGUGACAUAUGUGGGCUUCUUUUUCUUGCACCUUUCACUUUAUUCAGGAUAAGUGGGCCUAAAUUCGAAGUUUACACUUUAACUUGUGUCUUGGGAUACAUCACGUUUGGUGUGAAACAGUAGACAGAAAAAGUGGAGAGUAACUUGUAGACCGAUUUACUCAUGUAAUUGUACGCGAAUUCUGCUUGAGUUAAGAUAAGUUCCCAUUGUCUAGGUUUGUCUCCUGAAGUACAACGGAUUGAAUUACAAAGUGUCCCAUUAAUCAGUUUUAUUUUGACCAUUAGUUUGUGGAUGACAUGUAGUACUGAAUUUGAGGCAUGAGUGAAAUCUCUUCCAAAGAGUAUGACAGAAAUGGGAUAGAAAUUUUGAGUCUCUGUCAGAUGUAACAGUCUCAUCUGUUCCGAAUUUUGAGUCUCUGUUCCAUGCAAACAGACUAUCUCCAUGAAAAAGAAAUUUGCUACUUGAACUGUAUCAUAUUAUGUCAUCUUUGUAUAUAAAAUAAAACAUGUCAUCUUUGAAAAUCUAUCCACAACAACAAAAAUAGAAUCUACUCCUCUUUGGGUACGCGAUAAUCCCAAAAAAAAAUCUAUAGAAAUGUCAGUCGAUGCUUUCUCUGGAAUAGGUAAUGGAGUGUACAUACCUAUGUUCUGGCUUUAUUAGCUUGACAAAUUUGACAUCUCCACAAAAGUGCCCCCCAGGUCUUCAUGCAUGUAAUUCUCCAAUUAACUUCUCACACAAAGAAGUUUGAGGGAUACAUAACUGAUUUUCUCGAAACAACUAAACCUCAAGAAUGGGAAAUCUUUUAGAUGGUUUGCCAUGUUUCAGCCAAAUCUUCACCUUCUACAUGGAGUUCUCUCAGAUAUUCAAAAUCACUAACUUCUCUCACUAUAAUAAAAAAAUUCUGAUUUUCGGCUCAGUGCAUCAGUCAUUUUGUUUGAUUUUUCCGAUUUGUGAUUUAUCAUAAAAGAAGUCUCACCGUUGAAUGAUUUCAAAGCUUGACGGUCAGUAAAUAAAAAGAAAUCUCAUUGAAACAAAUAAUGUUCCCAAGUAUAUAAUGAUCUAACCACAACAUAAAAUUCUAAUUUAUAUGUGCUCCACUUUCUUCUGACUUCUAUUAAUUUCUCCACAAGAAAAUUUAAAUUUUCAAGAAUAAGUUGAAGAGUUAUUAUGUAAAAGUCGAUAAAGGAAAGUAUGAGCCCAUGCUCUGUGCCUGUUUUACUUGUUUCAAAGAAAGAUGGAAGUUGGCGGAUGUGUGUCGACAGUAGAGCUAUAAAAAAGAUAAGAGUUAAGUAUAGAUUCCCAAUUCCACGUCUAGAUGACAUGUUAGAUAUGCUUUGUGAUUCUAAAAUUUUCUCAGAAGGUCAUUGCAAGAGCAGAUAUCAUUAAAUCCGAAUCCAGCCAGGAAUUUUAUGAGAGUAAUGAAUCAGGUUCAGAAUCCUUUUAUUGGUAAAAAUGUUGUCGUUUAUUUUGACGACAUUAUUAUUUACAGUAGUAUUACGAAAGAUGAGCACAUGAAACAUCUCAGAUGAGUGUCUAAAGUGUUACAACAGAAUAAAUUAUAGAUUAUUUUGAGAAAUGCGACUUCAUGACUAUUAAUUUGUGAUUUUUAGGAUAUGCUGUAUGUGUAGAUGGUAUCAAAGUGGAUGAAAAAAAGGUCAGAGCUAUCGAAGUUUGGUCAACACCAACUACAAUUUAUCAGGUUUGAAGUUUUCAUGGGUUGACACCAUUUUAUGGAAGAUUCAUUCGAAACUUUAGCUCAAUAAUGUCUCCUGUUACUACUUGUAUGGAAAAGGGUCAAUUUAAAUGGACUAAUGAAGCUAGUAAAAAGUUUUAUCAUGAUUAAAAAGAAAUUAUGUUCUGCUCAUGGUUUAGCCUUUCUAAAUUUUGAUAAACUGUUUGAAGCAGAAUGCGAUGCAUCCAUAGUUGGCAUUGGAGGUGUACAGUCGGAAGAAGGUCGGCCGAUAGCAUUUUUCAGAGGAAAACUAUCUGAGGUAAGAAAAAAAUGGACAACGUAUGAACUAGAAUUUUAUGAUGUGGUCCAAGCUUCACAAACAUGGGAACACUAUUUGAUUCAGCGAAAGUUUAUUUUUUAUACUGAUCAUCAAGCUCUUAAAAUCAGUAAAUAGUCAGACUUUUAUCGAUAGAAUGCAUGCCAGUUGGAGCUCUUUUAUUCAACGUUUUACUUUUGUUAUGAAACAGUAGUCAGGAAAACUGAAUUGACUUGCAGAUGCUCUCAGUAGAAAAACAGCAUGUUUGUUGAACCUGCGUGCUGAAAUCACAAGAUUUGAUUAUCUCAAGGAAUUAUACUUAAAUGAUGAUGAUUUUUCUCAACACAAUAUAUGA